GGCUGCGCGGCCGCACUUCCGCAUGUGUGUAGGCGCGGGAUAGGGCGGGCGGCUUCGCCGGCAUGGAGGAUGGCUCCGCUCCUGCUGCAGCUGGCGGUGCUCGGCGCGGCGCUGGCGGCUGUAGCCCUGAUUCUGAUUUCCUUUGUUGCAUUUAUAACUGCUACAGAGAUGCCACACCUGCAUCGACAUGAAGAUGAGAAGUUCUUCUUAAAUGCCAGAGUCCAGAGGGAAGCCUUACCCAGCAUACGGGACUCGCCUACCAAGCAGCUUUCUGUGGUCGUGCCUUCAUACAAUGAAGAAAAACGGUUGCCUGUAAUGAUGGAUGAAGCUCUGGGCUAUCUAGAGGAGAGACAGAAACAAGAUCCUACAUUCACUUAUGAAGUAAUAGUAGUUGAUGAUGGCAGCAAAGAUGAGACUUCAAAGGUAGCUUUUAAAUAUUGCCAGAAAUAUGGAAGUGACAAAGUUCGAGUGAUAACGCUGGUGAAGAAUCGUGGGAAAGGCGGAGCUAUUAGGAUGGUAAUACCUAAUUUCAACAUUUUUAUUUGAAAUCUAAAGGUAUUU